UAGUAAUUAUCUGGAGAUCACUUUCAACGCUGCAAUGAGAUGCAACGCGUGCUGGCGGGAGCUGGAAGGCAGAGCUAUAUCUACUACGUGUGGACAUCUGUUGUGCAAUGAAGAUGCAAGUAAGAUACUAAGCAAUGAUGCAGCUUGCCCUGUUUGUGAUCAAGUUCUUUCUAAAAGUCUCAUGAAACCAGUGGAUAUCAACCCAAACGAUGAAUGGAUAAAUAUGGCUAUGGCUGGCAUAUCUCCGCAGAUACUAAUGAAGAGUGCAUACAGAAGCGUUAUGUUCUUCAUUGGACAAAAAGAACUAGAAAUGCAAUUCAAGAUGAACAGGAUAGUCGCUCAGUGCAGGCAGAAAUGUGAGGCAAUGCAAGAGAAGUUUACAGAAAAAAUGGAGCAAGUGCAUACAGCAUAUCAGAAAAUGGCCAAAAAGUGCCAGAUGAUGGAACAAGAAAUUGAGAAUUUGUCUAAAGAUAAACAAGAGCUCCAAGAAAAGUUUUCUGAGAAAUCCAGGCAAAAGCGAAAGCUGGAUGAGAUGUAUGACCAAUUGAGAAGUGAGUACGAGUCGAUAAAACGAUCAGCUAUUCAACCUGCAAACAACUUCUUCUCAAGGACAGAACCUGACUUGUUUGCCAGUCCAGCUAACAUGAUGGAUAAUAGAGAUGCCAUGAGGAAAGAUUGGUCCGUUAUCACCCCUGACACUCCAGGACCCCGGGAAGAUAUAUGGCCACAAACAACAAGACAGAACAGUUCCAACUCUGGCCCAUUUGACAUCUCUGCUAGCCCACCUGCUAAACCUUCAGCAAUUCCAGUUGAAACCAGAAGACCGGUUGGUCGCCCCAUGUUUGGAGGUGGAGUUGGUGGUGGCGGAAGUGGAGCUAGCAAUCCCUCUACAACGUUGAGAAACCUCAUUUUAUCACCAAUGAAGCGGCCUCAGCUCUCUCGUAGCCGGCCUCAAUUGUUCACGUAA